UUGUAGCACGCUUAAACUUUACGCAGUGUGGUUACCUGGCCGUAGAUUCACGUCGCUAUGGCAAGCCGAAAAACUUCGCACCCAAACCGGGACAGUGAGGACAAAUACUCGAUCCUAUUACCGACCUACAACGAAAGGGAAAACCUGCCCUUGAUAGUGUGGCUUUUGGUGAAAUAUUUCGGUGAAAGUGGCUACAACUACGAGAUAAUUGUCAUUGACGACGGAAGCCCAGAUGGGACACUUGAGGUGGCAAAGCAGUUGCAGAAAAUCUAUGGAGAGGAUAAAAUACUUCUACGACCAAGAGCAACGAAAUUAGGCCUUGGCACUGCGUACAUCCACGGCAUGAAGCAUGCCACUGGAAACUUCAUCAUUAUCAUGGAUGCGGAUCUUUCCCAUCAUCCCAAAUUCAUCCCAGAAUUUAUUGACAAGCAGAAGGAAGGUAAUUACGACCUGGUUUCUGGUACUCGUUACCAAGGGAACGGAGGCGUGUACGGAUGGGACCUGCGCAGGAAACUCAUCAGUCGGGGAGCCAACUUUUUGAGUCAGGUGCUGUUGAGACCCGGCGCUUCGGACCUCACAGGCAGCUUCAGGUUGUAUAAGAAGUCGGUGCUGGAGAGUCUGGUUGAGCGGUGCGUGUCCAAAGGAUACGUCUUUCAGAUGGAGAUGAUCGUCCGCGCCAGACAGCUCAACUACACAGUUGGAGAAGUACCCAUUUCCUUCGUGGAUCGAGUUUACGGAGAGUCCAAACUCGGAGGGAACGAGAUUGUGUCAUUUGCGAAAGGACUGAUCACACUCUUCGCCACGACAUGAUCAGUAUUGGGUUCGGACGUCCUACAGUCAUCGAGUGCUCCUUUCAGUUUUAAAGUCGCUGUCUUUAAUACAGUACUAUCAUAAUUUCAAUAGACAGGGACAGGGCGCCACUUGCCCCGUGGUCAGACUGACAUAUCAGCAAACGACAAGGGAGACUUCCCCCGUUAGCGUAAAUAGAAAGUAAUUUGCUGUCAGUAGUCGUCUCUGAAUACUGAAGGAACACACUGCUUUACAUUCCCAUCAGCCCCUGAACAAAGCACAUGAUGUCUCGUCAUUCUCAGUCCAGACAGCUCACUGAACACUACAUACACACGGUUGUCAGAUGGGUGUCAAGUACAAGUUCUACUGCUACACCUGUGAUUGUUUGUUUACAAUUAAACAGUAAUUUUUUUCUGA